AGCGCCAUUUUAUACAACCCACGUCUCCUUUGUUCGGAGCUGCUGUAACACCAGUUCUUCCUAUUUUCUUGACUGUAUUUGAGAAUAGAUAGGCUGACAGUCACACCGCGGCUCAUCCAGCUAUGUCAUUCAAAUCAAAAGACCUCGCAUACGAUGCUAAGGAACCUGCUUUCCUGCAGAGGCUCAAGAAUCAAUACGGAAACACUUCUGGUCGCCUCGAGAGACCCAUUGCCCGGCCACGGAAACCCAGGGAUGAUAAUGACGACGACGGUCCUACCUACGUGGAUGAGGAGAGCAACGAGAUUAUCUCCAAGGAAGAAUAUGAAGCAUUAGUCCGUGGGGACGAUAAUAAGGAAGACGAGAAUUUCAAAAAGGGUCUAGAAAAGUCUGGGACUGGCGAAGAAGGUAAAGCGAAUACGAAUACCGAGGCAGAGGCGCCAAUCUCGAAACAGAACGUGGCAGAAAUAGGAGGGCCACGGAAAAGAAAACAAGGCAAGGUGGUCGGAGAAGAGAAUCCUACUGAAGAGCCCGAAGAGACAGAAAAGAAAGAGUCAGAUACGCGGAAAUCAAAACCGAAGACCAAGAAGAAGAAGAUCAAGCUAUCGUUUGAUGACUCAUAAUGACAGGAUUUGAGUCAAUCCACACUAUACUAGCACUAUACCCUAUCAUCGCCACAGAGGGAUUCUGUAUGACCUCUCCAACUUAGAUUAUUCUUCAAAAUUGGGUAGUUGCCUUGUCAGUUCGGAUGAUACAAGAGAAUGAUGACAUGGUCGACUAUGAUACCCGGAACUUGGUAGUCAUAAAGCGCAGCCAUUAAUAAUCACGAAAUUCAGCCUCCAGAAAUCAUG